GACGUAUUCACUGUGAGACUGAGAGGUGGGGAAGUGGGCGGUGUUCGUCUGCGGCGAGACGAGGUUGGCGCCACGAGCCGCUGAGGCGAAAGGGGAACGAGGCCGUGGAGAGAGAGGCUGGGCCGAGGUAGUUCGGUGGAUACGGGAAGAAGCCUUGAUCUACCAUGUCUUUAGCUGAUGAGCUACUGGCUGACCUCGAGGAGGCAGCAGAGGAAGAAGAUGGCAGCUUUGCGGAUGAGGAAGAUGAGCCUCCCAUUGAGGAUGUUCAGGAGGAGAUGCAAAUAGAUCUGGCAACGGAUUCAGUCAAGAGUAUCGCAAAGCUGUGGGACAGCAAGAUGUUUGCUGAAAUCAUGUUGAAGAUUGAGGAAUACAUCAGUAAACAGCCCAAAGCAUCUGAAGUUCUAGGUCCAGUAGAGGCUGCCCCGGAAUACAGAGUCAUUGUGGAUGCCAACAACCUAACAGUCGAGAUCGAGAAUGAGCUGAACAUUAUUCAUAAGUUUAUCCGAGACAAAUACUCCAAGCGAUUUCCAGAACUGGAAUCCCUUGUUCCCAAUGCUUUGGACUACAUCCGUACUGUGAAGGAACUAGGCAACAGUUUGGACAAAUGCAAGAACAACGAGAACCUCCAGCAGAUCCUUACCAAUGCCACCAUCAUGGUAGUCAGUGUCACAGCAUCCACUACCCAGGGGCAGCAAUUGACUGAGGAAGAGCUAGAACGCAUUGAGGAGGCCUGUGACAUGGCCCUGGAGCUGAAUCAGUCCAAGCACCGCAUCUACGAGUAUGUGGAGUCCCGCAUGUCCUUCAUCGCCCCCAACUUGUCCAUUAUUGUGGGCGCCUCCACGGCUGCCAAGAUCAUGGGUAUUGCGGGUGGCCUCACAAACCUCUCCAAGAUGCCAGCUUGUAACAUCAUGCUCCUGGGUGCUCAGAGGAAGACGCUGUCGGGCUUUUCCAGCACUUCUGUGCUGCCUCACACUGGCUAUAUCUAUCACAGCGACAUAGUGCAGUCUUUGCCUCCGGAUCUGCGGAGGAAGGCAGCUCGGUUGGUGUCAGCAAAAUGCACCCUGGCAGCACGAGUGGACAGUUUCCAUGAGAGCCCAGAAGGGAAGGUUGGGUACGAUCUGAAGGAGGAAAUUGAAAGGAAAUUUGACAAAUGGCAGGAACCACCUCCUGUCAAACAGGUGAAGCCGCUGCCAGCUCCCUUGGACGGGCAGAGGAAGAAACGUGGCGGGCGCAGGUAUCGCAAAAUGAAGGAACGUCUUGGCCUAACAGAAAUCCGAAAACAGGCAAACCGGAUGAGCUUUGGAGAGAUUGAAGAGGAUGCCUACCAGGAAGAUCUGGGAUUCAGUCUGGGUCACUUGGGCAAGUCAGGCAGUGGCCGUGUCCGGCAAACACAAGUCAACGAGGCCACGAAGGCACGCAUCUCAAAGACAUUGCAGCGCACGCUCCAGAAGCAAAGCAUGGUCUAUGGAGGGAAGUCUACCAUUCGGGACCGGUCCUCAGGCACUGCAUCCAGCGUGGCCUUCACUCCAUUGCAGGGUCUGGAAAUCGUGAACCCCCAGGCAGCUGAGAAGAAGGUAGCUGAAGCCAACCAGAAGUACUUCUCCAGCAUGGCUGAGUUCUUGAAAGUGAAGAAUGAGAAGAGCGGCGUCCUGACCAACUCAUAACAUUCCUGCUUUUGUCACAGACCUGCUCUCUGUUGACUAACAACUCGAACCACAUAUCAGAAGGGCAUGUGUAGCGGGCAUAAGCCUCCGUUAAGAGUUCAAGAGACUGUGUAACCCCUCAGAACUUUAAGCUCUCAGCCAUUCUUUCCAAAUAUCCUGGACUCAAGUGGUAUUUUUCCUCCCUCAAACAGUAUCACCAGCGAGCCUAUUAUCUUCAGGGGGAAGUGGAGCGAACUGAGUUCUUUUCUUAGGCCUCAUGCAGUAUUCAGAAGCAGGGUAGUUAAGCUGUGAGCUCUUUCAUGGUGUGGUGUAGCUAAGUUAAACUGAUCAAUCAGUGUACUGUCACUGGAUCAAUCCUCAUUCAGACCCCUUCAUCACUGGACAAGCAAAAGCAGGCUGGAUUUGUGUACAAUGUGCCUGUGAAGAUAAGGAAUGGUUUAAGAUAGUGUCUGAGUGCUGCUCCUUUGUUGCCCUGGUUUUAUGAGGUGGGCAGCCUGCGGACCUCCAGAUGUUUUGGCCUGUAGCUCUCAGAAGUUAACUAGCAUAGGGAUAAUGGAAGUUGUAGAUCAAAACAUCUGGAGGGCAGCAACAUGUGGCCCUCCAGAUGUUCUGAUCUACACAUAGUUGGGGAAAACCAGAUCUGGAGUUUUUAAAAAUGUACUUUUCUUCCAUAUGUUGAUUCAGUGUUGUUCUGUAAUAAGUGUUCUUCGUUAUGAGAGGCAUGCCAAGAUCUGGCAGAACAAAAUGAAUUCCAGCAGUAAAUAGGGCAGCCUUCCCCCAACCUCCUGUUCUCCAGAUGCAUCAGGCAACAACUCCCAUCAUGCUAGCUGGGGAUGAUGUGGGAGUUAGAUGGGGGUAGCAGAUUAGGGACAGAUCUAAUUUCAAUCUGGUCAGCACAGUUUGGAAAGAGUACUCCGUAGCUGCUUAUAUUCAAAUGAGUGAGUGAGUGUGUGUGUGUGUGAGAGAGAGAGAGAGAGAGAAUGUGGGGGAUUGUAGGAUGAGUAACUGAUCUUGUGUGGAAGUGGUGAGUGUACAAAUGGCUAUUCUGGGAAAUGCAGAGGUAAUACGUGCUCCACUUGUUAAUGGCAUCUUAACAUUCAGGGGUGUGUGUUUAUAGGAAAAGCUUUGGGUGCUAAAGAAUGGCACUCUUUUCUCCUGAGAGACUAGGGAAGUGGCCCCAGUGUAGUAGAUUCCAUGGGUAAGAACCUUCUGGGUAUGUGUGUGGCAAGAAGAAAGAAUGAUUCACUUGAGGAUAAAACAAGUGUGACUUUCCCCCUGAGGAGCAGGGGAGAAACAAAUCCCCAUGUUAAUGCUACAAAACUGGGUUUGUUGCAGAGUUGUGGAAAGCAAUGGUUGAAAUCGCUUGGAUUCAUGGAGUGUGUUUUCAUGGCUGCAGCAUGAAACUGUUGGUCUGAAAUCUGUUUAUAACCUGUACAUUUCUGGGAAGAAAUACCUGUGUUAAAGUC